UGUGCGCGGCCCUGCUGGUCCUGGAGAAGGAGGAGUGUUAGUCGGCGGACAGUCAGGCAGGAGGACCGCAGUCCCGACGGCAGUUUUGGAGGCACCGAGCGGGAUAAAACUGCGUCCAAUACGGGGAGAACCCAGCAGGGAUAAUCCGACAUGAGUUGGGGAACGGAGCUCUGGGACCAGUUUGAUAAUCUGGACAAACACACUCAGUGGGGGAUUGAUUUUCUGGAGCGCUAUUCAAAGUUUGUCAAGGAAAGGCUGGACAUUGAGCAAAACUAUGCCAAGCAACUACGGACCUUGGUGAAGAAAUAUUGCCCGAAACGCUCCAAGGAGGAGGAGCCGAGGUUCACAACAUGUGUGUCGUUCUACUCCAUACUGAAUGAACUUAACGACUAUGCUGGUCAGAGGGAGGUGGUGGCGGAGGAGAUUGCUCACAAGGUGUACGGAGAGCUGAUGACUUACAGUCAAGACCUCAAAGCUGAGAGGAAGCAUCAUCUUCAGGAGGGCAGGAAGGCCCAGCAGUAUUUGGAUCAUAGCUGGAAACAGAUGGACAACAGUAAAAAGAAGUUUGAGAGGGAGUGUAAAGAAGCAGAGAAAUGCCAGCUGACCUUCGACCGGUUAGAUAAUGACAUCAACGCCACCAAAUCCGAAGUGGAGAAGGCCAAAGCCCAGUUAUACCUGCGGACUCACAUGGCCGAUGAGAGUAAGAACGAAUACGCCGCUCAGCUACAGAACUUCAACGGAGAGCAGUGGAAACAUUUCAACAACGCCAUUCCACACAUCUUCAAGAAUCUGCAGGACAUGGAUGAACGUCGGACGGUGAAGCUGGGCGAGACAUACCGGAGCUUUGCUGAGGCGGAGCGGAGAGUCAUUCCCAUCGUCUCCAAAUGUCUAGAAGGAAUGGUUUCUGCCGCCAAAGCUGUCAAUGAACGAAAGGAUUCGGUCAUUGUCGUGGAGUCAUUCAAGUCCGGCUUCGACCCUCCAGGCGACUUCCCCUUCGAGGACUUCAGUCAGAAUCUGAGCAGGACAGGUUCAGACGGGACAAUCAGCAACACGCCCAAAGGAGAACGAGACAAAGACGGGGGCCCGGCACCGAGAUCAGACCCAAAACAUCCUAUGAGCAGAACCAAGAACAAGCUGUGGCUGUUUGGGAAGAAACCAAAGUGGUCAGUAAAGAUGGCUCCGUCUCUAGAGGAUUUCAGUCACCUCCCCCCCGAGCAGAGGAGGAAGAGGCUGCAGCAGAGGAUCGACGAACUCAACAAAGAGCUCCAGAAAGAGAUGGAUCAGAGAGAUGCCCUGAACAAGAUGAAGGACGUGUACGAGAAGAACCCACAGAUGGGAGACCCCAUCAGCCUGCAACCUAAAAUAUCAGAGACCAUUUGUAACAUGGAGAAACUGCGCUCGGAACUCCACAAAAAUGAGAGUUGGUUAUCUGAGGUGGAGGGAAAGCAGAGCUCCAGAGGAGACCGAAGACACAGCGCCGACAAUCACCAUCAAACCCCUCAAGGCAGAGAAAGCCCUGAGGGCAGCUACACAGACGACACCAGUCAGGAGCAUCACACGCCUCACCCCCGCCCCAGUCCCGCAAAGCCCGGGAACCCCAACCCCAACCCUGACCCUCACGAGUUUGACGAUGAAUUUGAUGACGACGACCCGAUGCCUGUCAUCGGACACUGCAAAGCGCUGUACUCUUUUGGCGGUCAGAACGAGGGGACGCUGGUGAUGGCAGAAGAUGAGGUGUUGUACAUCAUCGAGGAGGACAAAGGCGACGGCUGGACGAGGGCGAGGAAGCAGAGCGGCGAGGAGGGCUACGUCCCCACCUCCUACGUAGAAAUCACCAUGGAGAAAAACAGCAAAGGUGCUGUCACCUACAUCUGACUCCCACACUGUCCUCCGACCUCUGCUCCAUCCCUCUGUCAUUCUCUCCAUCUCCGCUUUCUCCUCCUCCACAUAACACUACAAAGGAAAAAAAAAAAAAAGACAGCAUCUAAACACCUGCAUGGACACUCAUCUCUUUCUUUUGUCCUGGUUUCCAUCCCACCUCUUUAUCCCUCUGUCUCUUUAUACGUCUGUCAUCCUCCUCUCGUAUGCGUGGGACUGUUUCAGAGGUGAGCGUGUGAGCACGGAGACAAAUGGAAGAAGCUACUCGAUGGUGUUUGUCUUGUGUUCGAGGCAUUUCUCUGUUCGUGUGUUACCGAUGUCUCUACUGCUGUUGUGUGAGCCCCGUGUCGAGGCGUCACCGCUUCCUGUCGAUCAAAGUGUUUCAGAUUGUUUAAUGUAAUAUAUUAGAGACUAUUUUUUAUUUGUAUCCAAUCUUUUAAUUGUUCUUUCUGAAACUCCCUGAUUUUAAGCUCAUUUAAGUGUCGACAUAAUUUGAAAUGAAAAACUUUAAGCUGUUCUUUUGUGUGUGUGUGUGUGUGUGUGUGCGUGCGUGUGCGUUUGUGUUUGUGUUUUGUUUUUAAUCAGUGCCAUCACACUUAAGGUGGUAUUACACUAACAGAGGUUUGUCUGGUUUCAGUGCAGUUUUCUUACAGACUCCAACUGUAGAGAGAAAAGUUUUUAACUGGUCGUUGACAAAAGUCUUUUGAGAUUAAUUCAUAAAUUCAGAGAAGAGUUGAAAACACUAAAACCAACAAUGUUCUUCUCAUUUCUUUUCCAUGAGGAAAAUCCACCAUUCAUGUAUCCGCCACUUAAACAACUGCAAUUUGCAUCAGAUCUGAUGUCGUCUUGUGACCCACAAUCACAGGCUCUAGACUCUGAGUAAACAGUUGAUGUAAAGAGACGUUUCUUUUCCCAGAUGACUCAACAAUUCACAAGGAAAAUGGAGAAAACGAGGGAAAAGAUAGAUAUGUUUUCUAUCUCCCAUAAAUCAUCCGGUGACCUCUUUAGAUUAUUUUUGGAUUCUGUGAGAUCCAAACAAAAUAAACUCCCUGGUUGGAAACUGCCCUCGUGAGUAUUUACAGCAGCAGGAUGGUUUCUGUAGGAUUAAAUAAAUCUAAAGUGCUGAUGAAGAAACAGUGAAAUGCUGCAGUGAAUUUAAUGUGUAUAUGAAUACUACAUUGUUGGUUUUGGUCUUUUCAUGGGAGUUGAUCCACCCACUUCUUCUAUUCUCCUGUGAAAUCAUACCCAGCCGUUCAAAGCCUAAGGAAAAUGAUUUUAGUUCUUAGACUUUUUACAGGAUUGUUUUAAUUAAAUAUUUAAAUUUGAUGUCAUUCUGGUUAUUCUUGGUCAUUGUUUGAGUCACUGAUUAAAGAAACAGCUCUGACACUUUUCUAUUGACGUCCAUGAUGAAAUUAAUCUUCAAAACCUUUUAAAUUCAUCUCUUUAGUUCCAGUUAUUUGGUCCGAAUCAGAGUGAGAAUAUCCUGGAUUUCAGUGAAACGGCCGUAAGGUGUGUCAGACGUCUGUUCUUCUUCAGGUCCUCUCAGACAAAUAAAGACAGAGAGCAGGAGGAGGAGGAGGAGGAGGAGGAGGAGGAGGAAGAUGCUCUAAUGACAUGAACAGACACAAUCUGCAGGAUUCUUCAAAUGUUUUGGAUUUUUUUUCUUCCUUUGUCCAAUUUCUGAAUCAUUUCUCCUGAUGGAAAACGCUGAGGUCUUUCAGACUUAAACACAGUCUGUGUCUGUGACCACUUUUAUUCUGUGUGUGUGUGUGUGUGUGUGUGUGUGUGUGUGUGUGUGUGUGUGUGUGUGUGUGUGUGUGUGUGUGUGUGUGUGUGUGUGUGUGUGUGUGUGUGUGUGUGUGUGUGUGUGUGUGUGUGUGUGUGUUAGUAACUGGCCCUCUCCUCUAUGUGACCGCAGGUUCCUGAGGGCUGCAGGGUGGCCGGGCGAUUUGAUUGGCUGGUGGAGGGCUCACGGUGAUUGCUGAUUAAUGGUGGUGCGGGUACACGAGGAAGAGAGAGAAAUAGGAGGGGGAAAAGAGAGAGAUAGAGGGGAAGUGGGCUGGGAGGGAGGUUUGCAUGUCUGCAUGCUCGCAUGUAGUUCGGGAGGAGGAAGGGAGGGUUGUACCGAACGUAGAAGAUCCCAAAGCCAUAAGCUGGCAAUGAUUUACAGUAUUUAUGAUCUUGCAGUUGGAUCCUAACAGGAGAAGAGCUGUCAGACCAGGAAGUGAUCACAAGCUCCAUCUAUUUGGUGACGAUGCUAAUGACGCAAUAUCCCAGCUACUCUGUCCCCAGGGGAACGUCAUUCAUGUAGGUAUUAAGUAAAUGGACCUUGUGAUGACCUCUGUCAAGCUCGUGAGGAUUUCUCACUUCUCGUAAAUUGUUUGGAUAAUUUCUGACCCCUUUUUAGAUUCUCCAUACUUUCCCAAAUCCGACUCCCAACACAAACUUUACCUCUGAACUUUUAGUUGAAACCAGUUAAACUUCAAACUCAGCAUAUCAGAGUUUUUUUUCAUUAACUUUCAGGCUCAGGUUCGCUCACAGCAUCAAACUAACAGAAUCAGUGCUGCUCCGCUCCGACUCACUCCCGUCAUCGUCGUCAGUCUUUAUCUGUGCUCUGUUGGUGAUGUCUGCCUGAGCCACUCUGCUCCUCAUGCCUGUCCUCACUCAUCCAGUCGCAUGUUGUUAACGUGUCAUUAUCAAACAUGAGCAGGUGACCUUCACUGCACCUUCCUGUGUGUGUGUGUGUGUGUGUAACGUUGUUGAAUGUUGAAUGCCUUAUCUUCAUGAUGUCUUCAUGCACCUCCAGCAUGAGUUUGAUUUCUUUAUGUUUGUUGAAUGUCUCCCAAACAGCAGCUGGGUAAUAUCAGAUACUCCUUAGUCAGAUAGCAGGACUAUCAGGUGCAAACAGGACCUCUCUCCUCCUCCUCCUCCUGCUCCUCCUCCUCUUUCUCCUUCUUUUCCCACCUUUCCUCCUCUCUCCUGUGGUUGUAAUUCAACCAGCCGACCAGCAGGCGGCAGUCUCUCUUCACCAAAACCGGACUGGGCCCCCCCUUUUUUUUUUUUUUACCAUCAUCGAACAAACAAGCGGAAGCUCCGGGACGUUGCAGGUCAGAUUCUGCCUUAAAAUCUCACCUUGUGUUUUUGUUUUUCUGUGGAGGGAUUUUUCCACACACACACACAUCUGGAUGUGUCUGCCGCUUGACUACAUCUCCCAUCAGGCACCUGGGCUCAGCCCCUCGUAUCAGUGAGGGGACUCAGCUUCAUCUACAUGAAAAAGUUUUUCUCAUUUCAUCGGUUGUAUUUGUGAAUGUGACGACACGCACGCAUGCAUCAAAACACGUGUACGCACAUAUAGGGAACGCCAAUCACAUCAGAAACACCAUUUGGCUUCCCGUACACUUUAAGCUGUGUGCACGUGUGUGUGUGUUACAUGUGUGUUACAUGUGUGACGUUAGUUUUUACCAUUGAAUGAUUUGUACAUAUUAACAUCUCUUAUGUCAAGUUGAAUGUGUUUCCAUGGUGACUGUUUUUAGGUUGAUUGACACUCUUCAUGAGACGAAAAGGUUUGAAUGGAACCGAUGCACUUUGCCCUUAAGUACUACAGCAAAUGAAUCUGAUUAUAAAUGAGCGAGUGAAUAGAUGAAUGUGCGAUAAAGUGUGAUCUUUAUGAAUGAAGCUAAAAAAAAAAAAGAAGCAGCGUAGAGUAAUUCUCUCUUUUUAAAUGGUUUUAUACUCGUUUUCUAACUUGUCAGAAAACUUCCUUUGCAUGAUUUUCUAUAGAUUCUCAUUUUUAACCACUCACCGUUUCUGUUCAAACAAAAUGACUCGAAGUUUCACUUGGUUUUGAUGAUUAUUUAAGACAAUAAGCCAGCAGCUCUCAGAGCAGCGUGUGGCCAGGCCGGAGGUGUAGCCUGUGUUUCUUGGAUGAAGCUGUGAAAUGUACAGAGCGAUGCUGUAGAUGUUGUUACUUGAACUUUCCCCCCCGGUUUCACGACUCCACAUUUCCUCCACUGUCCGUGACCUUUCCUCUAUUGGACAUUAAAGGGGUAUUUCAGAGAUUUCAGUAUUUCACCAGUGAGAGAACAACAAGUAAUAUCUUCACUUUUAGCUCCUAAAGUGGCUCAAACUCCAAAUUUGAAGGACUUUGUUCGGACUUAACUUCGAGUAAAUUAAAUUUUGAUGCGUAGAAACUUAGGUCGAGUCCCUGACGUCCUUCUGCUGAUUCGGAUUUAAAUUUAUCGGGGAAGCAAAAUGGCAGUUUGCUCAGUUUUUAAUGGUGAAAUCUUUUAAACAAGUACAAAGAUCCAUCAAUGCUUUUUGUUUCAUGUACAAAUCUGAUUUCAUAAAUGGCUCCAGCUAAUUAAUCAUUAAUUAAUCCAUUAGAAAAUGUAUUGUUCUCAUCUAUAAAACUUCAGAUGUCUUGUCCUGAUGUUACUAAAGCAAUUACCAUUACUACAAUUACUAUUGAUUUAUUAUUUUUCUAAUUGUUUGAUCAAUGAAAUAAUGAUUAAUAUCAGAAUCUUAACGAGUCCAAGGCGACGUCUUCCAGUUUCUAGUUUUGUUGAAUAAACAAAAAAAAUCCAAAACCCAAAGAUUUUUCACUUAACUCAGAGAGAAACAGUGAAUCUUUGCAUUUUAAGAAGCUGGAGCAAGUGAAUGUUUUUAAUUUACUCUCAAACUUAUCGAUAAAUUAUUUCAGUACUAAAACCAAUACUCUGCUUGUUAUCGUAAUUGUAAAUGUGCACUAAGGCGAAGAGGACCGUCCUCUGACGGUGACACAAGAACAAAAACAUCUUCUUCACGUCAGAUGAGUGUUUGUGUUGCCGUCUGUUAAACUCAGUAAACGAUACGAACUGUUAAAGAGACAUUUCACUCCCAAGUUUUCCUCCGAAGACGUCUCGAAGUGAACUGUCCCUUUAACCGAAGCUGUCGGUGACACGGCAGCUUUGAAAAUGACCAAAAAAUCUCAUUCACAGGUAAUUUUCUUAACCAUUAUUAUGCCUAUAAACACUGAGCUGCGUAUUAUAAUAGCCGCUGUUGUUUAAUCCUGAAUAUUAUGCAGAAAUAAGUAAUAACAAAUCAGCUUUGACAUGUUAAAUAUGCUAAAGGUUCAUUCUUGUACAAACAGUUCUCUACUGAAACCUCUGCCAAGCUACUGUGAGCGUGCUGCUGUUUCUCGUCCAGCAAAAUAAAAGCCCACGUGUUCUUCACAUUCCUCCUCGUUUCUAACGCUGAUCGUCAAGCAUGAAAAUAAACUUCAACCUCUUUUCUAUCAUCAACUCAAACCUUUACAGUGAAUGAAAGCAGCAGGUACUGGGUGUUUCAGCCGGAUAUCAACACGUCUAAUCCAUUUAAAUCUGUGUGUUUUUACCAUGUUGUAUAUGUUUUAAUAACCAAUGGCAGUACUUCUCUCCAUAUUGUUGUGCACAUGUUUUUACUUUGAAUGUUGUCGGACACUUUGUGAACAAAAUGCUUUUUUGUUUCUUCUUCUUCUUCCAAGAUAUUGUUCUAAUAAAAUAAGCAGCAAUGAAAAGUC